AUGGCAGAACCUCUUUCCACGCGUCCAAACCACGUCUCCAUCUACCAUUCUACCUUCUUCUUCGACUCUACUUCUCUUCUCCCUCUCUCUGUAUCGCAGUCAAAUCAAUGUUAGUAUUCGCCUAAUCGACUCUCCAAUCAUUCACCAUUAUCCAGAUCAUCAAACAAUGUCGGACGAUGCUGCUCCCAAACAGCCCAACGGAGUGGUCAUCGACCCCAUCGUCGACGAUUCACACCGCACGCAUGACGACCUCACCCUUCUCAACCGCCUCAUCGCCGCCAUUUUCUCCCCCGACCCUAAUUCCUCCGCUCCUCUGCCGCACAGGCUCAAAACCGCCCUCUCCGAUAAUAUCCGCGAUGCUUCCAACAACACUGCUGCCCCACUCCUGCAAUUGACGCGCAGCGGAUCCCCUCUCCGCGCCUUGCUCGUUGUUUCCGUAGGGACAAUCGCUUUCCUCGCAUUGGCUGGACUGUUAGUCUUCACGCUUUUCUUUGUUGCAGCAACCGUCAAUGCUGUAGUCAUUUCUCUUGUGAUGUCUUUAGCAGCAGCAGGAGGAUUUUUGGCUCUGUUCUUUGCCUGUGUUGCAGCCAUUUAUAUUGGAGCAUUAUCCGUAGCCAUAUUUGUCAUCUCUACAGCAACAAUUUCUUGUGUCUUUGCUGUUCUUAUUGCUGCAGGUUGGAUUGGUUUCUUUUGGAUGUUGUGGAUUGCAGCGCAAAAAAGCAUUGGUUUGGCCAAACAUUCGGUUUUCAUCACAGGGUCGGCAUUAUCAGCCUGCUCGUCCACUUGGAACGACAGACGCGAGCAGACUUCAAAGAAAUCGAACUGAGGCUUGAUGCGCGUGAAUGCCGUGAGUUUUAUUCUAUCCACCUCCGCGUUGCACUGGUCUCUCAUAUAAGUAGCAAUAAGGAUGUUGCACUGCUCUGCUCUGCUCUCUUAUAUAAGUAUGAAUAAGGAUGCCGAAUUGUCGUGUGUAAAUUGAGCUAGCAUCUUAGUAUACCUUUUUUUUUCUUUUCUUUAAGUUUAGUAUAUUUCUCUUUUGAUAUAUCUUAUUAGAGGAUUUGCAGUUUGUACCAUAUUAUGAUUCAUUUUUCCUAUUAGAGAUGUGAAAUGAAAUUUUGUGAGAUA